AUUCAUUUUUUAGAGAAAGUGGACCCGGCGAUAAGGAAGAGGAUUGUGGGUACAUUUUUUUUUCAAAUCCAUCGUUCCCAGCUGUGACUGUCUGACGGCGGCGAUGCGUUUUUCCUCAGACUCUAGAUGACAAUUGGACGACUUUCUGUGACUUCUAAUAAAGAAACGUAAUACUACAGCCAUGCCGCUGUUCGGAAACAAGUUCUCGCCUAAGAAGACAUCGCCACGGCGAUCGGCCUCGCUGUCGAAUCUGUCCACGAUCGACGAGGCGCAGAAAGCGGCGGAGUUUGGGCUGGACUAUGGACCAAUCAGAGUGAAGCUGGGUGGUGCCGAGAUCACGUACCAGGACGGGCAGUGGCUCUCAGAGGGCGGAGGUAGCGGAGUCAGCCAGAGAGAAGUGGUGAAGCUGAAGAAGGACAAACAGAAGCUGGAGGAGGAAAACAACCUGCUCAAACUCAAGAUGCAGAUCCUCCUGGACAUGCUUGCCGAGCAGACGUGUGAGUCCCACCUGCUGGAGAAGGAAGUUCAGGAGAUGCGGGGCGGCAGGGGCAGGAAGAAAUGAGACGUUUGCUGAUGUGUCGUUACCAUGACAACGAUUCCGACCAAAGUCCUGAGCUCUGAGUACCAUCAUCAUCAGUUCAAGUCAAGCCUGAAGACUGUUUCACAGUUUCAAGUUCAGGCCCGACAAACUUUAUUUUAUGGAAGACUUCGUUUAUGAGAUGCAGACAAGAGGCCAGCUGCAACAUAGCUUUUGUUGUGGACUCUCGUUGGAAGGACAUUUUUGUGAUUAUUUUUCUCAUUAAACUUUUUCUAAUUGCAUUCAUCCAGACAUGACAAAAUGAGAACCAUCAGAAAAGGUUUUUCAUCAGAAAAAAAAACACA